GCGGGAUCAUUGCUUAACGGCCCCCCCUGGUUUAUGGCCGGAUUAUCUAGGGCCAGUCGCGCUGGGUGACCCCUGGGGCUGGUGACCCAGACCCAUUGGUUGUCGCGCUUAAAACGGUUAGUGCGCGAUCCGCUCGAGGUAGUGCAGUUAGGAACUCCAAUCGCAAUGGUUCUCUGGCUGGGGAUCUGUCUUCUAGUCAUCGCUCUGUCCCUCUAUCUGCUGUACGCGUUCGAGCGCCAUUCGAGGAUCGAUCGCCUCACCAAUACUUGGCCGGCUCCGCCCUCCCUGCCCAUAAUCGGCCACCUGCACAUUCUGGCUCAGCUUGUCGGGCCGCAUCCCUUCCGCAAGGCCUCGGAGCUUGUGAACACCCAUCUGAAGGAUCAUCGGGGCAAGCUAUGGCUGGGCACAAAGCUCUAUCUGGUCGACUGCAACCCUAAGGAUAUCCAGGCCCUGAGCAGUGCCCAGCAGAUGCUGCAGAAGACCACCGACUACAAGGUGUUCGAGAACUGGCUCUGCGAGGGCAUCUUCACCGCCGACUACGACAAGUGGGUGCACCGUCGCAAAACCGUCGCGCCUGCCUUCAACCACACGAUGAUCAAGCAAUUCAUGGAGGUCUUCGAGCGGCAGUCCCGCAUCCUUUUGCCCCGCGUCGCCGAGUAUGCAGAGUCCGGUAAGCCCCUGGACUUCCUGCAUAUGAUCAGCUGCUAUACCCUGGACGUGAUCUGUGAGACGGCGCUGGGGGUAUCUGUGGAUGCUCAGUCGGGCAAGAGAUCGUCAUACCUUGAAGCGGUUAGGGAGAUCCUGCACGUCAUUGACUAUCGCUUGAAGAACAUCUUCUACCGCAUCUCGUUCAUCUAUCGCAGGACCUCUCUGUUCAAGCGUGAGAAGGAGCUGCUGAAGACACUCCACGGCUUCACCGAGGGCAUUGUCCGGGAGCGCCAGCACCAGUUCAAUCUGGAUGAGGUGAAUCGGAAUACAAUGAGCAGUAAGGACGCCGAGAUGGACCAGCGACCGGUUCUCUCGUUUCUGGACACGCUGCUGCAGGCCAAGACGCCCGAGGGUCUGUCGCUGACGGUAAAGGAACUUCGCGAAGAGGUGGACACAAUUAUCUUCGGGGGCUUCGAUCUGACGGCUACUGUCCUGAAGUUCUUCAUGUACAACAUGACGCUGCACACGAACUACCAGCAGCAGUGCCGCGAAGAGAUCUGGCAGAUAUGUGGCAAGGACACCAGUGAACCCAUCACCAUAGAGCAGGUCCGUCAAAUGGAGUUCCUCGAGUGGUGCUUGAAGGAAACGUUGCGACUGUAUCCCCCGGCUCCGCUGCUGACACGCAAGGCCACGGCCAAUUGUCAGAUCAAUGAUUUCUUCAUACCCAAGGGCCACGACGUUGUCAUUUCGCCCAUGUACAUGGGUCGCUGCAAGGAUUUCUUUCCCGAUCCUCUGGUCUUUAAGCCCGAUCGCUGGGCCCGCGACGCCGAGCACAAGAUCGAGGCCACCACUUACAUACCCUUCUUGACGGGGGCCCGCAACUGUAUAGGCCAGCGCUAUGCCAUGGUCAUGAUCAAGCUGGUAAUGGCCCACCUGCUGAGAAGUUACCUGUUUGAGCCGCUUGGGGAGCGGCAGGUGAAGAUGAAGCUCAGUUUUGUGGUCACCCUGCACACGGUGGAACCCUACUACUGCCGCGUAAGGGCCAUUGAGUAAGGCUAUCGAAUCAACCGAUUCUCCCUUGUUCUUCUUGGAAUAUAACUUAGUAUAUAGUUAACAAAAUGGAGUCUUUCAUCCUUUUCCAAGGGUCUGCUGCAAGUUGUAACCUCGAUUGAGGUUUUCUAUUGGUGUAAAGUAUUAUCCAUAGUAAUUCAAUUCAUUAAAGUAAAUUGUUAAAUGUU